AAAAUGCAUAUGAAAGCCCAUCUGGAGUUUGCCAAAAGGCACCUGAAGAGCCACAGCCAGCCUCUACUUUUACCAGGUUCACCCACAUAUAUGUGCUAAUCUUGGUGUGGUGCAAAAAUGGUGUUGGAAUGGAGUUUUAAAACUACCCACCAGGUGCUGGUAGGACUAGUUAACUUUCCAGAGAGCCAGCUGGGUUAACUAAUUCCUUUGCCUCCAGUCUUUAUGCUAAGCUCAACUAACCAUCUCCUGGCUGAAUUUAACUCUCAAACACAAAGCAAAUAAGCAAUGGGUCCCUAUAUGCUUUCAGCUAAUCUGGCCCUGCUACAAUCUGAUGAUUAUUUCAUAUACGAAAAGCGGUAUUACCAUCAUAAAAUAUGCAUUAAAUAUCAAUUUCAAUGGCAUUAACAGAUCUGCACAUACAGGCCAUGUUAAUUUCAUUUACAUAAGGAAUGUCGAACAUUUUCAAACCAGGCUACAUUUCAUUCGGCAAGGUGAAGGGAAAUAGUGCAUGGAAAUGCUUGAAAAGUCACUGUGGGACGUGGCCCAGUUGUGUCAGGUUUAUCCUUAUCAAUAAUCGAAGACAUGUGCUAUUUGGCCACCUGCAGAUCUGUAUGAACAGCUACGGAAUGCAGACCUGAAGCCUGCGAGGUGUUUCCCUCCGCUCUGUCGUCACCACCCAGUCACGACUAGUGCGCGUAACGUGUAGAUGCCAUGAUCAUGUUCCUCCUCCUCCUCCUCCUCCUCAUUUAUCAGAUGUGCUAGGGAUUUUCCCUGUACAUGUAACGGCCAUGUAAUAGAAGCAAAAGAGUCCUCUGUGCAGCGCGGUCUAUCAGUCCCAUCACCGCCUGGAGUAUUAGUGCACUCCACCAUGCAAACGGCAGGCACCGGAGCAGCUGAUACCGACACUACUGUAAACAGUAGCAGCAGCACCGCAGACGUCGACGACAGCGACGGGGCAGGGGAGAGGAUGGAGAGGACGGCGCCAAGUGAGCAGCAGGACAGGACCAACAACCACCACCAGCAGCAGCAGCAGCAGCAGCAGCAAACAUCCUUAUCACCGUCCGGAGUGCUCGAUAAAUUGUUUGGGAAGCGCCUUCUGCAGGCCAGACACUACAUUAUGUCUCGAAAGUCCUGGCUCAAGAUGGUGCCCACUGAAAACUGUGAUAUCCUGAUGACGUUCCCAGAUACAAUAGAUGACCACACUCUGCUGUGGCUCCUGAAUCAGAUUCGUAUUGGAAUCCCACAAGUCAGCAUUCAGGUUCGACAGCAUAAACACACCCUGACACACGCCUUCUUCAUCACGACAACAUUCGAGAACUUACUGCGUGGAGCAGAGCAGAUGGGCAUGCACAAGGUCGUCAAACCGCAGUUUGGCGGCGGGAUGCGGCGCUUUUCCUGUGAGGAAGACAACAUCUACGAGAACAUAGAGAGCGAGCUCUGCUUUUUUACCUCACAGGAGCGUCAGAGUAUUAUUAAGUACUGGCUGGACAAUCUGCGAGCCAAACAGGGGGAGGUCCUUCACAACAUUCACUUCCUGGAGGGACAGCCAAUCAUUCCAGAGCUGGUGGCUCGGGGGGUGAUCCAUCAAAUGUUCCCCCUUCAUGAGCAGAGGAUCCUCAACCAGCUGAUGACUUCUUGGGUCCAGGCUGUGUGUGAAAGGCAGCCCCUGGAUGAUAUCUGUGACUACUUUGGAGUGAAGAUCAGCAUGUAUUUUGCCUGGCUGGGCUUCUACACUAAUUCCAUGCUUUACCCUGCUGUCAUCGGCUUUCUGCUCUGGAUACUUGCAGAGGCUGACCAGACCAGUCAGGAUAUCUGCUGUGUGGUUUUUGCGCUCUUCAAUGUUGUGUGGGCAACGCUGUUCCUGGAGCGCUGGAAGAGACGAGAGGCGGAGCUGGCCUACAGGUGGGGCACCCUGGACACCCCAGCGGAGUCCUUGGAGGAGCCUAGGCCACAGUUCAGGGGAGUGAAGCGCUGCAGUCCCAUAACGGGCUGUGAGGAGUUCUACUACCCGCCCUGGAAGAGAGCUGUGUUCAGAUGGCUGGUCAGCCUGCCCAUCUGCCUCCUCUGUCUCUGUUUUGUCUUCCUCGCUAUGCUCCUCUGCCUGGAGCUACAGGAAGUGGUGAUGGAGAUUCAGGAGCUACCUAGUAUCACAAGAUUCAUUCCUAAGAUACUUCUGGCCGUCACUGUAACCGUAUGUGAUGAAGUGUAUAAGAAGAUUGCCUACUGGCUUAAUGACAUGGAGAACUACAGACUUCAGAGUGCCUAUGAGAAUAAUCUCAUCAUCAAGAUGGUUUUUUUUGAAUUCAUAAAUUCUUACCUUAGCCUUUUCUACAUUGGAUUCUACCUCAAGGACAUGGAGCGACUUAAAGAGAUGCUAGCCACUCUACUGAUCUUCCGCCAGUUCCUUCAGAACAUCAAGGAGGUUCUCCAGCCUUAUCUCUAUGAGCAAAACAAACUGGGUGUCUUCACCCCAAAGGUGCUGUGGGAGCUACUCCAGGCAAUCAUGCUCAAGUAUGGCCGUCUGGCUCUGGGGAAAGCCCAAGCCUCAAUGACAGCCUAUUCCUUCCUUGGUCCCAGAGGAAUCCCUGUCAGUCACGCUGCUAAUGGUAACUCAGAGCCGAGGAGAAGAGGGGAUCUGAAAGCCGGAUUCAGGCUGACAGAGGAAGAAUGGGACAUGAGUGACAGCAAUCUGAAGCAACGUAAAGUGAGCUUCACUGAGAAGGUCGACUACCAGGAUGUCACGACGGAAACACAGACGGUGUAUGAGAGCUUUCUGGAGGACAGUCCCACAUUGGUAGAGGAAGGGAUGGAUGCGUCCAGUAUUUUUGACAGUUGUGAUGAGGACAGCGAUUGUGAAUCGCAGGCUCAACAGGAGAACAAGGAGAACGGUACUGUGUCCUCUCCAAAGGAAUCUGACACUCUCUGUCAGAGAAGAAAGAACGUAGAUGAGGGGAAAGAGAAUAAGAAGUCAUGGAUUGAUCCACCUGAAGAACCCAAAGCUGUCACUCUGACCCAGGCUGAGAUUGAGAGCUGUAUGCAGACAUAUGAGGACACACUUCAGGAUUACCAGGAAAUGUUCAUUCAGUUUGGUUAUGUGGUGCUCUUCUCCUCUGCAUUUCCCCUGGCGGCGAUGUGUGCCCUUAUCAACAACAUCAUUGAGAUCCGCAGCGACGCCCUGAAGCUCUGCACCGGCCUGCAGAGACCCUUUGGACAGAGGGUGGAGAAUAUUGGACAAUGGCAGACCGCAAUGGAGGCCAUGGGCUUGAUAGCCAUUAUAGUUAACUGUUACCUGAUUGGUCAGUGUGGGCAGCUCCAGCGUCUGUUUCCCUGGUUGAGUCCUGAGAUGACCAUCAUUUCCAUUGUCUUACUGGAGCACUUUGCAAUCCUCCUAAAGUACAUCAUCCAUGUUGCCAUCCCUGAUAUUCCUGGCUGGGUUGCAGAAGAAAUGGCCAAGCUAGAGUACCGACGAAGGGAAGCUUUCAAGAAGCAUGAGCAGCAAGCCCAGCAGCACUUCCAACAGCAGCUCAGACGCCGACGUGAAGAGGAGGAGCUUCAUCGUCAAGCUGAGCUGCAGGCCGAGGCCCGUCAGGAGAGUGAUUACCACAAGGCAGACGCCCAGCACCAGCACCACCAUGACAAAACACAGGGCGGCAAGCCGGGGGACAAGCCUAAAAGACCGAGCUCUCUACUCGGAAACAACAAUGUGAUGAAGCUGAAGCAGAUUAUUCCUCUCCAGGGAAAGUUCUCCUCUGGCACCUCACGCUCACCAGCCCAGUCCCCAACAGGAGGUGAGGCAAAACUCCCAGGAUUCCUGAAGUUCUUGAAGUCGCCAGAGGUGAAAAAAGAGCCAGCAGUGGCAGCUGGAGUAACUCCUGUGUCAACAGUGACCUCUUCAGUUCCCCCUAGUGGCCAAGAGAGGUCACAGUCCCCCAACAGGACAUUCAGUCCUGGGAAGCUGUUCAGUUUCAGCAAAUCAGAAGGGACUGUGGUGUGUAUGAAUGGGACACAGCCUGCAAACACUCAGCCCAACAGGGCUGACUUAAACACAACCCCGGAGGAGUUACCCUCCAAUGAGUCAGAUAAGGGAGAUUCAAGACAACUGACUGAUUUAGAAAACUCUGGCUCAAAGAGUUAAUAAAUGCUCAACUGUAACUGUAAUAUUAUGAACUUAGAGCAAUGUAUAAAUGUUCAGGCAACAUUCAGAAACAGUGACACAUGUGUACUGUAGGAUAUCACAUUAGUAACACGGAACACUUGUAAGGUCAGCGAGUGUUAGAGUUUAACUCAACUUAUUUCACACAAAGUAUUAUAGUGUGUCUAUUAACACUUGAUUAUCCAGCUUCCAUGUAAAAUAUGUACAAUUAUGUACAGUAAGUGUAACUCCUCAAAUGGGGAUUGAUUAACCUUUAUGUAGGGUUCAAUACUGCAUGACUGCCUGAGUGUCAAAAGCACCAGAACAGAUUAUGUUGAUGUUACAGAUUUGCUUUUUCAAUUAGCUCUUUUGUGAAAGGACAUAAAUUGCAGCUUCCCAUUUCAGAUUUGUUUCUCAUUGCGAUGCCUGUAUUGAAUGCAUGUUACGUUAUGUGCAUGCAUCACGUCCAUCACGUCUUUUCAGUUGUGAAGCACUUUCAAAGCCAUUGUAUUCUCCCGCAAUAGGUCAGAUUAUACUCACUGUGACCAUAAAAAAAAUAUUCUAUUUUUCUUAACUUUGAUUUUUUAUGAAUUAUUUUACUACAUAAACUAGUGAAUGUACUUAUAAUGCAAAUAAAUCUCACUUGAAUAAGCACCCAUCAAGAGAUAAAGU